UACUGCACACCGUCAUGAGUUUAAAGUUAAAUUGCCCUCGGUUUUGGACGGGUGAACAGUGUCGAGGAGAAUGCGUCAAAAUAUUGCAGAUUCUCACACCGCGUUCAAUUAAUUCCUUUUCUAUAAAAGUACAUCCUCUUAAAAAUAAAUAGAGUUCUUUUACUUUAGGAACUAAAUAACUAAUAAAGUAUUAUCGUAUCAAAUAAAUUGUAAACAUGGCUCAAGAAAAUGAAAAUAUUGACGAAAAUAACUCGAAUAUUAAUUCCGUUAGUGACAAUCAGAUUCCUCCUCGGCCGUUUAGAAUAACCAUGGAAUUUCCUUUAUUUUUCACCAUGUUAUCGGUAUCAUUGUCAGGUGCUGCAAUAAGCAACUUAGUCUUGUACAGAACAUGUGUUCAUUCUUUAAACCAUACUCAAGAAGAGUGUCAGGUUUUUUUAUCACCAGCAAGGAACAAUGGUAGUCAACAUUUAGAAGAAGAAGUACAGAAGUAUGCAACGUUUGUAUCUAUGUUGAGAACAAUAAUAGAAUCAGUUGCGCCAGCCAUCCUUUCUCUUUUCCUUGGAGUCUGGUCUGAUACUCAUGGAAGAAAACCUUUAGUUGUUUGGCCUUUACUUGGAAUGUCUCUGAGUGGUGGUCUGAUCGUUAUCUACAGUAUGUUGGAGAGUUUAGGCCCAUGGUGGUUUAUCCUCACUUCCAUACCAGUUUCAUUGUCUGGUGGUUUUACGGCUAUGUUCACGGGGUCCUACUGCUAUGUGAGCGACAUCACUACCAAAGAUAAGAGAUCUCUUAGGAUGACGAUAGUCGAAGCAUCGGUAUCAGCUGGCAGUGUUAUUGGUGCCGUGGCUAGUUCGUAUGUAUUGCGAGCUGUUGGAAAUGUAUACUUGCUGUUGAUAUCAGCUAUGUUGUUCGUAGUAGCUUAUGUUUUUACCAAUGUUUGCUUGAAAGAAUCUUUAGCUAACGCUGUCCAGGGAGGUAUAUCAACAGUAUUAGACAUUAAACUUAUGAAAGAGAUGUUUGUCGAAUGUUUCAAAAAGCGACCAAAUCAUGGACGUGCCCAAAUACUCUUGCUGACAUUUGCGAACAGCUUGUCAAUAUUCCUUAUGUACGGUCUCAUGAGUUUGGAGUACAUGUACACGAGGCAAAGACUGCACUGGGCGAUAAAACAAUAUACUAUAUAUUCGGCUUUUAACACGACGAUAUCAUUCUUCGGAUCUUUCUUCGGUGUGAUAUUAGUCCAGAGACUGUUCAAAGUGACGGAUUUGGCGUUCUCUAUCGUUGCUUUCUCAUCGUCAACUGCCCAUUAUUUAAUUAAAACAUUCGCUACUGUUUCGUGGCAUAUGUAUCUGGCUUCUGCUAUAUCUCUGUUUAGAGGUUUGUCGUCACCUCUGAUAAGAUCGCUGCUGACGAAGAUACUGCCUCCGCAAGAUAUAGCGAAGGUGUUUGCGCUGAUGUGUACGAUCGAGGGCAUCAGUCCACUGAUAUCGCCUGCGUUGUAUAACUCAUUGUAUGCCUUCACGAUAUCAUCAUUCCCAGGUGCCAUAUACGUGCUGAGUGCGGCGAUAACCACUUUAUGUGGAAUAUUCUUAGGAUUUGUGCAAUACUUCAGAUGGCGACAAACGUCCAUAAUAUAUGACAGUUUAUCCAACGAAUCGUAAUUUUGUAACCAUGAUAACAGCAUCUAGGUACUUAAACGUCACAAAUAAUAAUAACAAAAUAAAUAGUUACAUAAAUAGUUUAUUUGUUAGUAUAUCAUACUCGUGCCUUAUAAUGACAAAAAUGUCUAUUAACUUACU